AUGGCUUCCUGCAAAAACAAAACAAGAAAGGAGGUGUUUUCGCUCUACGCCAGCUUCAACGACACUUUCGUCCACGUCACGGAUCUUUCGGGCAAAGAAACAACCUCGCGCGUCACCAACAACAUGAACGCCAAGGCCGAUCGUGACGAGGCCUCGCCCUACGCCGCUUUGUUGGCUGCUCAGGACGUCGCCGAUAAGUGCAAGUCGCUCGGAAUCACGCUGCGUGCCACCGGCGGAAACCGCACCAAGACCCCGGGACCGGGUGCUCAGUCGACGCACCGUGCUCUGUCCUGUUCGUCAAAGAAUUUUGUGAUUUAGUGCUAUUAGUAUAAACAUAAAUAAAUGCUCUGUUUUAAUCUGGCAA